AUGUCUCCACUUUUCUCUAAACAACCUCCCGCUACAAUGGGCCCGCCCGCGAAGCCAAAGCAGCCAAAGUGGACCCUCGACGUUUCGGUCAAAGUCGUCUGUCCCUACUGCCGCGAAGACCCUCCAAAUCUCAUCGAGGAGUAUUCUUGCGGCGAUACAAUCUGCGGAUCAUGUGGCCUUGUCAUGGCUGAUCACAUGAUCGACGAACGCGCUGAAUGGCGCACUUUCAGCAACGACGACUCCAGCAAAGCAGAUCCAAACAGAGUCGGCGCAGUCCACAGUGCCUUUGAAAGUGGUCCUGGAUUCGAUACCAGCAUUGCCGAUAUGAAGGGUGACAGAUACGCUCAGGUAAUGAAAAGGACCCAUAAAAAAAUCAGUAGUUCCACUGAGAGCAGGUUCCUCGCUAGGGCCUACGCCGAAAUCGAGAUCUACUGUGGGAAGAAUGGGAUUCAGGACGAUGUGAGGGAUGUGGCAAAGCAUAUCUACAAGAGUGUCGAUGAGGGGAUGAAGUUGAACAAUAGGUCCGCUGUGCAUGAGGCAGUGGUUGCGAGUUGUAUUUUGAUCGCUUGUCGUCAGUGCAAGGUUGACAGAACGUUCCGCGAGAUAUUCCUUUUAACCAAUGUGCCCAAGAAGGAGAUUGGUCGUACCUUUAAGCGCAUCGAACACUACCUCCUUAAGUCCAGUGGGGCCGUCCCGCCAGACGACGACAGUACCGCAGUGUCGUGUGCUCCUAUGAAUCAGUACAUUUCUACAUCCCACACUGAGGCUAGUAAAAUCAUGGUACGGUUCUGCAACCUAUUAGGUUACGAUAUAAAGUUUACAGUAGCGGCGGAGGAGCUGGUCAAGAAAAUGGCUGAGGACAGCACCUUCUGUGCGAGAAGCCCGCUCAGCAUUGCGGGGGGCGCGAUUUACACAAUUGCGAGGGUUUUGAAUAUGAAGGUCGAACAAGCAACAAUUGCGAGGUGUCUUGGUGUCUCUGUCCCAACUAUCGCCUCCAUGUUUAAGCGUAUCAAUGCUCAUAAACAUGAAUUCUUUGAUCCGGAGUAUCUGAGAAAGAUUGGAGGAAGCCUGGACUGUUUCCCUUACCUAGAGGUGGAGCCGGUCCCGACAAACGAAGAGACUACCGUAGUACCGCUCGCUCCAGUUAAACAGUACAUUCCUACAACCCACACCAAUACUGCAAAAAAUAUGAUACGCUUCUGCAAUAUGCUAGGCUACGAUACGAAGUUCACAGGAGCGGCGGAGGAGUUGGUCAAGAAAAUGAUUAUGGACAGCACCUUCAGUGGAAGAAACCCACUCAGCAUUGUGGGGAGUGCGAUUUACGCAAUUGCAAAGGUUAUGGAUAUGAAUGUCGAGGUAGCAAGAAUUGCGCAUUGUGUUGGAAUCUCUAGCGCAACUAUCACAAACGUCUUCAAGGGUAUCAAUGUUCGUAAACAUGAAUACUUUGAUCCGGCCUAUCUGAAAAAGAUUGGAGGAAGCCUGGACGGCUUCCCUUACAUGGAGGGGGAGGCGUAUAGGUUUCCUGUGAGUUGA